AGCACACAGUAUUUUAUUAUAUUUCUCCCAAUGUUGUACGCUGAUUUCUAUGUUUCUAGGUACCCAGAGCUUAAGUCAUGAGAGAUACACUGUAAUUUAUUAUGUUUCAUAAAAUACUGUAUGCUGGUUUUUGUGUUUCUGUGUAUCCACAGCUGAAGUUAUGAGAAACAUUGAGUUUACAGUCAUGCUUUAUCUAUAACCACAAGUCACAGAUGAUUUGCAUUGAUCCUAAAUGUUUCUCUGUAGUGUUGUGCUGCUGGAAUGCUGCUUUGGAACACUGAGCCACAAUUUUCUAUGGCCGAAGGUGUUGAAAUAUUUAAAAAAAAAGACAAGAGAGUUAUUCCUUUGGAAGAAACUUGAUCUUGAAUCAGCAGUCUGCUGAGGUGGAGAAACACAAGAAGCUCUAGAUAAAAAAAAUAAUAGUCAAAGGUCCUGUCAGAAGCACAGAAAAAAAUGGUUGGAAUCAAACCUACCGACCUGCAACCAACUGCUGCUGUCAAGUUUUUUGGAGCUGGUACGGCAGCAUGUUUUGCUGAUUUGAUCACUUUCCCACUGGACACAGCAAAAGUGAGACUUCAGAUCCAGGGAGAGUCUACAGCUGCCUCAGGAUCAGCUGUGGUGAAAUAUCGUGGAGUAUUUGGCACCAUCGCCACUAUGGUGCGUACAGAGGGCGCAAGGAGUCUGUACAAUGGCCUGGUGGCAGGACUGCAACGACAAAUGAGCUUCGCAUCUGUUCGCAUCGGUCUUUAUGACUCAAUGAAGCAAUUCUACACCAGAGGAUCUGAGAAUGCAAAUAUUGUUACUCGCCUGAUGGCUGGCUGCACCACUGGGGCCAUGGCUGUCGCAUUUGCACAGCCCACAGAUGUCGUAAAAGUGCGUUUCCAGGCUCAGGUGCGUCAGUCUGACGGAUUAAAGAGAUACAACGGCACAAUGGAUGCAUAUCGGACUAUUGCACGUGAUGAGGGUGUUCGGGGGCUUUGGAAGGGCUGCAUGCCAAACAUCACAAGGAACGCGAUUGUAAACUGUGCAGAGCUGGUCACUUACGACAUUAUCAAGGAACUCAUAUUAAAACAUGACCUCAUGACAGGUAUGAAACCUACAAACCCUAUGUUUUUAUUAUGGCUAUUUGUAUGUUCUUGUUGUCUAACACAUAUGCCUUCAUUAGAUAACCUACCCUGCCACUUUACUGCUGCAUUCGGAGCUGGUUUCUGCACCACGAUUGUGGCAUCUCCAGUAGACGUAGUAAAGACCCGCUUCAUGAACUCAACUGCAGGCCAGUACAGCAGUGCACUAAACUGUGCCCUCGCUAUGCUGACCAAAGAGGGACCAACAGCUUUCUAUAAGGGCUUUGUGCCCUCCUUCCUGCGCUUGGGAUCCUGGAACAUUGUGAUGUUUGUUUCCUACGAGCAAAUCAAGAGAGGUCUGACUAGAACGCAGAGCUCAUGGGAGUCACCUUUCUGAAUGGACAUUGUCAGUAUCUUCUGAUUUAGAUUAAACAGAGAGUGCAAAUAUGAGUCAAGUCCUCUGUUAUGAGAACAAAGGGAUUCCCAGGUUAAGUCUUAUCACUGAAAAAGGCGGCAACUUUUAAAGGCCAAAGGUCAAGCUCUUCGAAAAUGAAAGAUGAGCUGCCAAAAAUCAUGAGACGCAUGACUGAGAAAGCAAAUGCAGAUAUUUUGUCUUAGUUACAAUGUCAUUGGAUAUACUGUAUGUCCAUGGUUUAUGUAUAUACUUUUAAAUAUGUAAUUAAAACGGGUCCAUAGCUCUAAUGAAUGAAUGUAUAUUUAUACUAUAAUCUGGAAACUGUACAUUAUUGGAAAAUAAAGCUUUUUUAUGAUAUAUCUA